GACCGGAUCCCUCGGAUUUCAUCCCUCGACCGCCGCUCCUGGCAUCCUCCGGCCCUCGCACCAAGUCCACGACCGCCGUUCUUCCAACAUCACACACGCACCUCGGCCUCGACGACACACUCAAUUGAAGCUGAAGACAGCAGAGCGACACCAUGUCUGGGGCGAAAACAAGGCGGCAGGUAGCCUUGGCAACCAAGGCUGCCAGCACCGACUCCCAAGUCGUCAUCGGGAACGGCAGCAGCGAGGCACACUCGAUAGCUACCAAGGACACCCCCGAAGACGCCGACGACGACUACCCGCACGAGAACAUCUUCCUGUUUGUGCCAAACCUCAUUGGCUUCUCGAGAAUCGUGCUGGCUAUCGCAUCGCUCUACUUCAUGCCGCUGCACCCCCGCACAUGCUCGAUCCUGUACAGCGUGUCGUGUCUGCUCGACGCCCUCGACGGCUACUUUGCGCGGCUGCUCGAGCAGAGCACCAAGUUCGGGGCCGUGCUCGACAUGAUCACGGACCGCGCCACGACGAGCUGCCUACUGUGCUUUCUAGCCUCGGCCUUCCCGCGCUGGAGCAUCGUCUUCCAGCUGCUCAUCUCGCUCGACAUGGCCAGCCACUACACGCACAUGUACGCGACGCUCAGCCUGGGCGGCCAGAACCAGAGCCACAAGAACGUCGACAAGACACGCAGCUGGAUUCUUAAUCUCUACUACACCAACCGCACCGUGCUGUUCUGGUUCUGCGCCCUCAAUGAGGUCUUCUUCAUCGCCCUCUACCUGCUCUCCUUCUCGAGCCCCCUGCUCUCCCCGGGCCUGCUGCACCAGGUCUCGGACAGCGCCGCCUCGGCCAUCAUUAAGGGCGGCGAGGUCAACCCCUCCGUCGUCGGCCAGAUCUACGCCAGCCCCUACAGCGCCGGCGCCCUCGAGCUGGCCCGCGCAAACAAGAUGGACUCGACCGUGCCGUGGAUUAUUGCCUCCAUCAGCUUCCCCAUCAUGCUACUGAAGCAGUUCAUCAACGUCGUGCAGCUCAUCAAGGCGAGCAGGUGGCUGGCAGAGGGCGACAUCAAGACGCGGAGGGAGCAGGGGCUCCCGCGGCGCAAGAAGUCCGCCUAAGGACUGGGGCCUGCUUUGCGCGCACUUUGCCCUUUCUGCCGGGAGAGGGAAGGCAUGCAAAAGUGCAGACAAUGCGCGAGUCUUGGAUCACGCCUUCCAGGGGGGCCAGCAACCUGUCUGUUCCCUCAAACCCAAGCGCUUAUCGGCCGAGCAGUUUUCGUCUGCACUAACUUGCGGCAUCGGCAACCGCGUGUACUACCCCGUCUCGCUCCCAAAGCGCAGACCCGAGUCCGACUUUGACUGAAGACACGCAACGGCCAAUGCUGCGUGUACGCCUCUCCUAACUACUUGCAUGGCGAAGGAGAGAAGAAUGGGUGGUUUGGCGAUGCCACGGUCUUUGUGUUUGUGUGUGUGUCUGCGUGAGUAAAUUUGGCUUGACUGUGUUUUGUGGUUUGGGAAUACCGCGACGAGGCAGAGGAC